ACUGCUGUCUGUCUCUGUCUCUCUCUCUCUCUCAUACACACACUCCACCACCUCUGACUACACACACAUCUGUGGAUUACUCUCGCUCUCCCAGUGUGUGUAUGUGUGCGUGCGUGUGUGUGUGUGUGUCUGUGUGUGUGUGUGUGUGAGAGGGAUUUCAACACCUGUACAGGUCCAGAUCAAAAGAUGAGGAUGCAUGGAAGUUGAAAAGUGUGAGUGUGUUCGAGUGUGUGUAAGGGCUGGAGAAGCUUCUCCAUUCAGCACUGAUUACACAGGAGGGGAAUUUUUUUGAUCAUCACAGCCUAACGUGUAGUAAAAGCUGAGGCAGACAUGACGGCACAGUUUUGGUGCAGGAUCCUACUGAUCCUGACCGUUCUGGCCUUGACCUUGUACAGUGAUGGGGUCAAGGGUCAGAGGGCAGGUUGUAAGAAUGUCCACUAUGACCUGGCGUUCAUCCUCGACACCUCAUCCAGUGUUGGCAAGGACAACUUUGAGAAGAUCCGACAGUGGGUUGCCAACCUGGUGGAGUCGUUUGACGUUGGUGAGGAUAAGACUCGUGUGGCAGUAGUGCGCUACAGUGACCGUCCCACCACCGAGUUCAACUUGGCCAGGUACAAAACCCUCGAUGAGGUCAAAAUGGCAGCCAGGAACAUCCGAUAUCUGGGUGGCAACACCAAAACUGGAGACGCUAUCGGCUACACCACCGCCAACAUCUUCAACGUCCAGGCAGGAGCCAGACCUGCUGCCCGGGGCAUCCAGAAAGUGGCCAUUUUGCUAACAGAUGGGCGGAGUCAGGAUUACGUUCUGGAGCCAUCCGUUGCGGCGUCCAGGGCUGGGAUCAGGAUGUUUGCAGUGGGGAUUGGCGAGGCGCUGAAAGAGGAGUUGGAGGAGAUUGCGGCUGAGCCAAAAAAUGCUCACGUCUUCCACGUGACAGAUUUUGAUGCCAUUGACAGAAUCCGAGGCAGGCUCAGGAGGAGACUCUGUGAGAAUGUGCUGUGCCCGAACAUGAAGGUGCAAGCAGAACGAUUCAAGCCCAACAGCACGAGUGCUGGACUACAGGAAGUUCCAGGCUUUGACCUGAUGGAGUACUUUAAUGUGAGGGAUGUUCUGGGGGAGAAGUCUGACCCUGGACAGAGCUCCUAUGUGAGACUGGGGACUAUGCCUAUCGUCCAGCAGACUGAAAACGUGUUUUCACAAGGCCUCCCAGAUGAAUACGCCUUCGUUACCACGUUCAAAUUCAGAAAGACGUCUAGGAGGGAGGACUGGUACCUGUGGCAGGUCUACGACAAGUACGGCAUCCCUCAGGUUUCUAUCCGUCUAGAUGGAGAGAAUAAAGCGGUGGAGUACAACGCCGUGGGCUUGACCAAAGACGCAGUCCGAGCCGUGUUCCGCAGCCCGGAUGUGGAAAACCUAUUUGACAGAAACUGGCACAAGAUCGGCCUGAGCAUCCACGCCAAAUCCGUCUCGCUCUAUCUGGACUGCAAACUCAUCCAGACCCUACCGAUCGAGGACAGAGAGGACAUCGACAUCCAGGGCAAAACCGUCAUCGGCAAGAGACUCUACGACAGCGUCCCCAUCGACUUCGACCUUCAGAGGAUGGUAAUCUACUGCGACUCUAAGCAGGCAGAGCAGGAGACAUGCUGUGACCUGCCUGGAGGCCCUUGCCCUAAGCAGGUGGUCACUGAACCCACGCCUAUUUUACUCCCGACCCCGACUCCUACGAGCGGAGAGCAGAAGAGUGGAGAACACACCGUCAACUGUUCCUGCACCACCGGGGAGAGGGGUGAGACAGGUCUGCCCGGUGCUCAAGGCCCUAAGGGUGAAAAGGGAGAUCCGGGCCUUCAGGGCACUCCGGGACCACAAGGACCUAAAGGGCAGAAAGGAGAACUUGGCAAGGCUCUCUCUAUCAAAGGAGAUAGAGGCGAGAAGGGGGACAGUGGAGAGCACGGUCAUCCUGGGGUCAAAGGUGACAAGGGAGAGAGGGGAUCUGAAGGCCUCCCGGGACUUGCUGGCAAAAAGGGAGACAAAGGACAGCAGGGUGAGACGGGAUCUGCUGGAGCUCCGGGGUUAGCCGGACCACUCGGACCACAGGGUAUUCAAGGUGACCUAGGACACCCUGGAGCACCUGGUCCAAAAGGCGUUCCUGGUGAUCCGGGUAAAAAAGGAGAAAAGGGAACAGCAGGAGAGAGGGGUCUCCCAGGGUUAGAUGGUUUUCCCGGCAAACAUGGAUCUCCUGGAAAAGACGGUCUGAGCGGUCUGAUUGGGGCACCUGGAGCACACGGGGUUAAAGGAGAAAAGGGUGAGAGAGGUCCUGCUGGAAUACCUGGAGAUGUGGUGCACAUGGGAGGUCUGAAAGGAGAAAAUGGCGUCCCAGGACCACCCGGUCCUCCUGGAGCAGACGGGCCUCCUGGACCUCCGGGGCCACCUGGUCCAACUGGACAGCCAGGAAUUCCGGGAGAAAUCGGACAAAGGGGAAAGAAAGGAGAAGCAGGACUUCCUGGCGUUGAUGGAUUUCCUGGACCACCGGGUCCCGCAGGCCCCCCUGGACCUCCUGGGAGUCCGGGUCAGACUGGACUUCCUGGAUUACCGGGGGAAAUCGGAUUCCCAGGAAAACACGGAGAGGCCGGAAAACCUGGUCUGCCAGGGAAGGACGGCAUCGACGGUCAACCUGGAAACGACGGGGAGAAAGGACCAAGAGGUGAACCGGGGCUGGAUGGCUUCCCUGGAAAACCUGGUCCAAAGGGUGACGACGGACCUCCGGGACCCAGGGGACCGCCAGGAGACAGGGGUGAGACGGGUCUUCCUGGCGAGGCUGGCGUAAUGGGACCGAGAGGAGAAAGAGGAGUGCAGGGUGAAAGAGGAAAAGACGGUGAUGUCGGCGCAAAAGGCGAGAAAGGAGACAAGGGUGAAGCUGGACCCAGAGGACUUCCAGGAACCCCAGGAGAUGUUGCCAGUGUGAUUCCUGAACCUGGGGAACCAGGGAAACCUGGAGAGAAAGGCGAGAAAGGAGAGCAGGGAAAACAAGGAGAGGUGGGUCCCAGAGGACUUCCUGGAGAACAAGGCUUCAGAGGUCAGCCUGGACUUCCGGGAGUUAAAGGAGACAUUGGGUCCAAAGGAGAUCCAGGCACGAAUGGAGAACCGGGUCCUCCUGGGCCGCCCGGCCUUCAGGGGCAACGAGGACUACCUGGCAACGUGGGAAUUCCGGGCAGUAUCGGACCACCAGGAAUAGCAGGACAGAGAGGAGAAAAGGGAGACCCUGGUAAAGAGGGUCAUGCAGGCCCCCCUGGUUUGCCUGGAGAGCCUGGUCUCAGAGGUGAAGCAGGACCACCAGGGAGAGGGAAAGAUGGGGUGAAGGGGGAUGCAGGACCUCCAGGAAUGGAUGGAGCCCCGGGACUGAAGGGCCCACCAGGAAAUCCAGGAAUGCAGGGGAUGCCAGGAAACAGAGGUCCUCCAGGAGAGGGAACCACUGGACCAGCUGGACCACCAGGCCCCCCUGGACUAUUAGGAGCAGUGGGACCGAGAGGAGCACCAGGUGUACCGGGACCUCAAGGACCUUCAGGACACAACGGUUUACCAGGAAGACCUGGAGAGAAAGGAGCUCAGGGAGAGCCGGGUAAAGCUGCAGAUCUGUCUGAGCUAGACCUGAAGGGUGUUUGUUCAGACUGUCCAGCUGGACCUGCUGGACCACCAGGAAUCCCAGGAAUUCCAGGAGAAAAAGGACCUGCAGGACCAGCGGGGAAAAACGGACAGGAUGGAUAUCAGGGUGCGCCUGGACCUGUCGGACCCCCAGGACCACCUGGAGCUGAGGGAAGCAAGGGUGUGAAAGGUGACCGAGGCUCCCCGGGGGCUGCUGGAGAUAAAGGUGAAAAGGGACCCCCAGGGCCUCCUGGUUAUCCAGGUGCAGCUGGAACAACAGGUCAACCUGGUAAUGACGGCAACCCUGGACCCCCUGGUGCUCCUGGACCCCCUGGAGAAAAGGGCAAAGAGGGACUGAAAGGGAUUCAGGGUCCUCCAGGUCUGCCAGGCUUAAUGGGAAUCAUGGGUAAGCCAGGGAAGGACGGACGACCAGGGGAAGUGGGCGAGCCGGGUAAACAGGGAGAACCCGGAGCACCAGGAAGAGAUGGACUCAGAGGUCUUCCUGGUUUUAAAGGUCACAGAGGAGAGCCUGGGGAACCAGGGUCAAAGGGUGAAGAGGGUAAACAGGGUCCACCAGGACGGGAGGGUCCACCUGGGAAAGACGGCAUCAUGGGACCUUCCGGGCCUGAAGGUCACAGAGGACCAAGUGGACAACCGGGUAAACCUGGAGAACCUGGACCACCGGGGAAAUCGGGACCAUCUGGAACUCCAGGUCCUCCAGGAGGGAAGGGGGAGACAGGAAACCCGGGACUGCCCGGAUUCGCAGGUCCAAAAGGACCAUCGGGUCUACCUGGUCCCGUCGGCCCCGAGGGCAAACAAGGCAUACCGGGCAAACAGGGAGAAAGAGGCUACAAGGGAGAGAAGGGUGACAAUGGCAUAAAAGGUGACAAAGGCCCCACGGGAGAACCAGGAAUGCCUGGAAACCCAGGAGCUCCAGGCAGAAAGGGUCACACGGGCAUGAUGGGAAUGUCAGGACCUCCUGGAGACAUGGGAACCUCUGGACCCCCGGGUGCUCCUGGCCAGCCUGGACUUCCAGGACAGAGGGGAGAAACUCCAUCUCUGGAAUCGAUACGCAGGUUAAUUCAAGAGGAACUCGCCAAAGAACUACAAGCCAAGAUGGCCUACUUCAUGUCCCAGAUUCAGCCCACACACAUAAAGAGCUCGGCCGGGCGUCCUGGUCCACCUGGACCUCCAGGAAAAGAAGGGCAACCUGGACGACCAGGUCCACCUGGAGAGUCUGGUAUGCCUGGCCAAAAUGGAGCAGAGGGACCCCGAGGUCCAGCAGGUCCUAAAGGUGAAAGAGGUGCCAGAGGGGAGAAGGGAGAAAAUGGUGUUGGACAGAGAGGAGAGCCUGGUCCAUCUGGUCCCAUUGGUCCAGCAGGAAUUCCUGGAGACGGUAAAGACGGUCUUCCGGGAGCAACUGGAGCUCAGGGUGAACCUGGACAUCCAGGUCCUCAUGGACAACCUGGCCCAUCGGGACCUCCGGGGCAGUGUGACCCCUCUCAGUGUGCCUACUACGCCAGCCUGGCAUCACGACCUCACACUAAGAACGUCAAGGGAACCUAAACCUCUCUCUGCAUGCCUGGGCCUAUUUAUGAACUCAUGAGAACCUAAAGCUUUUCCUGACAAGAUCCGGGGAGCUUUGGUUGGGGGGAAGAUGAGACAUUUCAACGUGUUAGGGAGUGUGUUUUAUGGGUGUGUGUCCUGCCGGUCAGAUAUUAUGAGUAAUUUGUUCGCUUGGUAGGAAUGGGGAGGGUUUGUACUGUAAGCUAAGGGAGGUGAGUAAUUUAAAAUGCAGCUGAUUUUUUUUUUGUUUUUUUUUUUUACAUCAGGGAAUUUCACUCAGUUCAGACUAAGAUGUAUUGUCCUGUGUUUUUUUUUUUUAAUGCAACCUGCAAAGUCUGCUCUAUUUCUUUAGUUGGAGAGACUAUAGUAAUACCACACAGAUAGACUGAUGGUAAUAAAUUAGCCUCAGGUCUUCAACCAUUGUGUGCAGAAUCCAUUGUUAUGGAGGGUUUUUUUUGGACUGUGUGUGUAUUGGGCAAUUAUCGAGCUAGGAGAGUUGUUUUCUGGAGUUGUAUCAAUUUGUCCUGGUUGGUAGUGUGACAGAGGAAGAAAAACACCAAAUAUAAUCUUCGCACACAGAGAUCGCACGUGAGAUCGUUAGCGAGCCGCUCCAAGACGGUUAUGUAGCCAGUUUGCAGAUUUUUAUGAUUAGCAAAACUAGUCUUAAUCCAGGAACCAAAAAAACCCACCAUUUUUCACCCACUGAAGAUAAUUACGUUUGUCACUUCGAAUUUGUUCUCUAGAGGAGCUUAAGAGCUUUUCUGCUAUUUACACAAACAUGACUCAUGGCGUGCAGUCGUUCCUUUCACAGCUGAAAAGCUGGUAACAUUUGUAUUAGCCACUUAAAUAGAGGUUAUUAAAGGAUGUACUUUAAUGCACAAGCGCAUUGACCAGUGACGUUUUGUUCGAGUAUCUUCAUACACUGCACGUGAUGUCCUUUCCUGUUUCUGAUUUCUUUUCACCAACACACAUGGAAUGACCAGCAAGGUCCUAGACAGACGAAAAUGAUUUUUAGAACAGUGUGAACGAUCACUAUAUGGAUUAUAACACGGCGGCAUUUUCCUUGCCAUGCCCUAAUUUGUGCGACAAGGUCAAAAUACACCUCUAUAAUCCAUUCGAAACCUAAUUCUCCAUCUAACUUUGAUAUCUUUUGAUUGUAACUCAAGGACUUUUCCAUAUUGAACAUCGACAACUCGUGUGUAAGACCUCUUACCGCUUUCCUAUCUGAGCAGGGAUGUUUAUCGUUAUGAUCAUCGCCAUCUACUGUGCUGGGGUGGAAUUGCCAAGAGUAUAUUGUGAAUUUUCAGAAGCAUCUUGAAGUUACGAGUUUUAAUAUGAAUAGUAGGCCUAUAUCCAUUUUACAAACAGAGGAACAAGUUAAAAUGACCAAAGAGGGUGAUAACGAUCAAGUUAGCUAGGUAGUUUUAAGCGAUACGACAUUUAGCCACGACAAGCAUCGACAAUUGAGCAAACGCAAUAAAAAAUAAACAUAUCAUCUAAUCAAAUCCCAGUCGGGCCACAUUAAAAUCCGGACAGUGGUCAAGUGAAUGUACGUACUCGGCUAGCUAUAAUCACAAACUGGUUAUAUUAGCUAGCUAGAGCUAGUUCACUAGCUAGCCAUGUCGGUAUUCUGCAAAACCGGAUUAAAUCUACGCAUACAGCAUUCAUACUGUGUAAUUAAGCAUUCAUUUUCUUUUAGAGCCAUUUCACAUGCUCUAGCUACGUAAACAGACUAGUUCAACGUUUCCGCCAAUGACUUUUCAUUCACGAGACUUCCGCAAACAAGACGACAUCAUUUCCUGAAACUGGAGUGGAGGAAGGUCUUCCAGGAGAGAUUCAUGGCCAGACUCUGUUCAUCAUCUUGGGCCAUUUUAAGACAAUUUAAUUAUCACAGUGUCCUCACGGCACAAAACUUGUUUGUGCUUGCCCGUGCAAUCUAAUCCCCAGUGAUGAAAAAUGGCAAGUGCUAACGAUGUGAUACGUUUCGACAAGCUUUGCUCAUUACACAUUUGGAUAGUUAUGUAAAUUAAGUGCUUUCUCAAUUUGCAAGCAAGCCUAAUGCCUGAUUAUUAUUAUUAUUAUUAUUAUUAUUAUUAUUAUUAUUAUUAUUAUUAUUAUUUUACCGCCGCCUCUCUCACAGCUGGUGUUACCAUUGUGUGACUUUUAUUUUUCUUUUUUUUUUUUUGCUUUAUUUUGAAAGUUUAAAGUUGUGUUCUGAAUUCUCCGCCUCAAUCGCAGGUUGUAUUAAAUUAUUUUACCAGUACAGGCCUUUUUUUUUUUUAAAAAAAAACAACAACAAAAAAAAGUUGUGCAUGGUAAAGUCUACCUGUUUAUACUGAUUAAUUGGUGCUACAAUUUUAGCCAGGACAAUGCAUAUGUAUGUAUUUGAAGAGAAUAUACAGUACAUUGUAAUAAAGUGUGGAUCAGGUACAUUUUA